AUGGCAUGGAACAACAAGGUAUACUGUCGUUCUAGAUCCAAAGCCGACGUUGCCAAGGGCUCAUGCAAGAACCCAGUCGAGGCGAAGGCUGAAAAGGCUGACCGUUUGAAGGCAGGAAUAAUUCUUACGGCCCGAGACGACGCCGCUCACAAUCUUGCCAAAGAGCUCGAUGUCCCUUUGAAAAGCAUCCUUUCCAAGGUGCUGUACCAAACAAGCUAUGCGAAAUGUCGUGCCGUCAACCCAUUCAACGCCUUGGUCUACGUGAGGGGGAUUGAGAUGAACGGGGAUCUCCCUCUCGGUCGUCGUCACCCCUUGAAAGAUAUCCAAGAUAACGUCAAGGAGGGUCUUCGCAAUGGCUCAAUCACUGAGGAGGACAAAGAGGAUGCCCUUAUCGCGCUCGCUGAGUCACGCGCUACGAAAGCGACGGGGUCGCGUUCGAGUAAUACUGCAGCCGCUGCAGAUGGGAGAGCAACAGUGGCCCGGAUUUCCGAUGAAAUUGUCAACCUCAGCGCCCGCACUGGUACUACAGGGCUCGCCCUGUUUGCAAAAGGGCACAUCCAUGACAGUUUCGCCAACAGGGUCGUCGAAUGUGGCGGUUCGUCGGCAUUCUUCCUCGACGUCCUGAAGAUUGAAGCCAGUGAUGUUCUCACCAAAUUUAAACAAUGGAUAUUUGCGAAAGAUCAAGCUUCAAAGCGGCCCGUUGGCCUACAGUCCUUCAAGAGUGAUUGCUGUACACUCAUCACGAAGAAGCUCGGAGCUGCGACCAACCAUACAAACGUCAAGAUGAAUUACUCGAACUACCUCAAAUCCAUCAUCUUAGGGCUUCACGUUCAUCUUGUCGGCUGGCCUGAGGGUGUCCCGUUCACGAGCCCCUCCAAUCUCACUACGGUCCCUGUGGCUCAACGUCUUUACAACGCCCUCACCGCCGGAUCCUGUGCUUGGGCAUCUCUCAGCAGCGUCCAGCUGAAGGAGUACGAGGCGCUGCAAGCUGCCAAUGAGACGCAGGCCGUGGCCAAGACAACCACACGGAAGGUACGCCCGGAUAAAGCCGAGGACGAGGUCCGAGACGAAGAUGACGAGGACGACCUCCCACCGCCGAAGAAAGCCAAAGCUACUGCAAGGCAGAGCGCGACCGACAGGCCUGUUUCCAAUUCUGCUGACCCGCCUCCUCCGCCUCCUCUGCCAAUCACGCCCAUGGUUCCUUCGCCAACAAUACGCGACGACCCUUACAACGCCCUAUAUCUCAAGAGGAAGCGCAAAGUGCGUCCAGACGCGGGCGAGAAACGACCGAGGAAGGAUAGAGACGGAGGAGAGGAAAACCCGCCUCCGUUGACGAAGAAACUGACAAAAUCGCACGGAGUGCCUCGCGGUGGCGGCAGUGCAUCCAACGGAGCAGGUUCGGCCGCCAGGCUCCAUCGUCCUGGAAGUGAACAAGGCAAAAGGAGGCACGUAGCCGCCAGGCUCCCCUUUUUCUUGAAAAGCCGCGAAUUCAUCAUCGAGGACAGCGAGGACUCCGCGAGUGAAGGAAUAUAA